UCUUUGGAGCUGUUCAAGUACACAUGGGCAACGAGAAAAAUGAGAUUCACUCAGAUUUUACACUAGACAUUUGAACAUUUCUAUUUGAUUAUUAGACUAAUUUUAUAAUGAUACUAGAUGUUUUAUUAUUAGACUAAACAUUCCUGGGACUAUUUUCUUGCACAGGGGCCAAAUCAAAUGGAAGAGUCCAGACAUGCUUUCUUAAACCCCUGAAUAAAGUGGACACAUGCAAACCACCUUUACAAAUUAGCACUGGCCUGAGCUAACCUCUGGACUAUGUCCAGGAGCUGUUCAGGACAUUACUUGUAAAUCCUGGCUAAACUAAUGCUGGGAACAGUUGUUCCUGGACAUGUUCCAGUGGUGUUCUUUCUCCAGCUUAUACUGUAGCUGAACACAAACAGCUCUCGGCACACUUAGUGCCUUUGACGCAGUUAAUGAUUACCUUUUGGUCAAAGACUCACCUGGGAAGCUUUUUGCAGCUGGUCAGAACAAAAAAAAGCAAAUUUCUAACUUGUAAACCAUCUUUGUAUUUUUCCCAGCAUGCAGCAGUGGUCAGAGUGGAAAUGCUCACAAUAACUUGCUAAAAGAGAGAUGGUUUGUAACAGACUGCACUGGUUUAUAUAACCUUGUGCAGUAACUCUUCUCUUGGGAAAAAAUGCCAGAUUGAGGCAUAGUUUGGCUCCAGUCCCCAAAACCUUACCAUGAGCUAUGAGCAACCAUUCAGUGGCUUAAUGUGAGGAAGAGAUUAGUAAAGUAUAAUAAAGACAGUAUAAAGACACUCAAGAGAUGGCAUUGCAGUCUUGUUAAAUAGAACUUAAACAAGCUCCUCAUUUGUUUCUUGCUUUCUCCUGAAAAAGGAUAACAUACUUAACAGAAUCAAGAAAGGUGUUACAGACAGAAACCUGAUAAAUUAGUCCAGGUUACAGUUCAAAAUUAUUGAAUCACAGAAUGAUUAAGGCUGAAAAAUACGUCAAAAAUCGUUGAGCCCAAUCCUUGACCUAACACCACCACCUUUUCAAGUAAGCCAUGUAACUAUGUGCCACAUCCAGUCACUUCUUGAACACUGCCAGAGAUAUGGCUUACAAAUGGAUCUGCUAAAACUAAUUCAGCCACUGUUUGGGCAGCCUGAAGGCACUGGUCAGGUGCCACCUUCAUGUCACCUUGAACCUCACCAGACAUACCAUCACAGCAGCCUGCAAAUUCCCUCAUCAAAAUUAAUCAGGCACACUGACACACAGUUUGCAUCACAAAUAUGCAUGGCAUGGAAGCAUAAUGCUUUAAAAAAGCUACUCAAGGUGGCAGUGGUACCCAAAAAGAGCAUAUUUGAUGAACAGAGAGUUUCAGAUCACACUGAACUGGGACUACACGUGUACUAGAUGUUUUUCUUUUAGGUUACGUAGAAUAGUAAAUGAAGUCCUUUAGUGGGUAGAUUUGAAACACACAUGUCCUGUUCCCAAGGUAUUGGAAAGCUGACCAGGACUGAACCAGUCCUGGUAUGUGGUUCUAGAGACAAAAUUCUGCAGCUGAGCCCUGCCUCACACAUGCUGUGACUAAACUGUUGCUCAUUUCACUUACCUAGGUUUUUUCACCCAAGGAUUUGAAAUGGAAAAUAAUAUUAACAUGUCCUUCCAGUGGGAAUCACUGGGUAAAGGUGGGAAAGACUGAGCAGUGUGGACUGAAAAGCAAAGAUAUUUAAAAUUUGAAGUCUGUGAAGUAGUUUGCAAUUGGUGGAUCUGAGCACAUACACUAGUCAAACAAACAAACAAACAAACUCCCCCUACAAUUUUGGUUCAAUGAUAGUGGGGUUAAAAAUAGUUCUUCCUAUAACAGAAUAACUACUAAGGAUCCUCCAUCUCUCCUUAGAAGCCUAGGGAAUCAUUCACCUUCCUUCUAUUGUGCCUGUGCUGGGAGUAGAAUGUAGGGGUUAACUGAAAUCCUGCUUGCUAAAAGCAUUCAAGAACGGCAGGAAAUAAAAAAAAUCCAUUACAUGCAGAUUACAUAGCUGCAUGUCAGAUGUCAUGUAAAACAAAUGGGGAAGUGACAGUCAGAGCCACAUCUGAAGUCGCUGGAAGUUAAAGCAAACAAAAUGUAUUAUUCUUCACAUAUUUACAUGACUGCAAAGAUUUUUGCAAAUGUGACAUUAUGUUAUUCAGUAAAUGCUGUGGACAUUUUCUUUUAAUUUCUGCAAACACUUUUUCACCUAACAUGAUAUUGUAGCCCAUGAUGAACAGAACAAAAACAACCCACAGUUGGGCAGUGAGAAAGUUCAGAAAUUUGGGGUUGGUAUUUUUCUUGACAUUUCUUUGCCUGAAAAUAUGCCAUACAGAACUUUCUUGGCUGUUUUUAUAUAUAUAUAUAUAUAUAUAUAUGUUUAUAUAUACCUGCUAAGGACUGAUCUUCCUCACCUGGGCUCAUACAGGGGCCAUAACCAACAUAUACAAGCAGUCACUUUAAACAUGGACCAGUCACACAACACUGCUGUUAUUUCCAGAACAUAUUAUUUAUGAAAGUCUGUUUAUUUAUAGAAGGGGUGUUUCUAUGAGCAUGUUGAUAUACUGUGAUUCUAUUGAGUAUUUCUGUAUUUUUGGGUAAUAUGUUUGUAUAUUGUGACUAUUAAUGCUUAGUUCAUCUGACAUAACAGGAAGGAAGAGUUAGUUGCAUGAUCUCUUCAUGUGAAGUUGUUAACAUCUGCCAAUCAGGAAACACAAGAAAGCUCAAAAAGCAGUAAGGGAAAUUAUAAACUGAGCAGCUUUCUAACUUGCAGCAUUUGUUAUUUAAAACAAAGCUAACUGGCAGAGGAAAACACUUAGAGAUUUCUGCAUGUGAAUACAACUACAAGUGUCCUCCUUGUUGCAAACCAAGAUCAAACAAGAUAAAUGAGGAGAGUUUUUCAAGAGAAGGUUUCAUUAUCUCUUUUCAGAGAAGGAAAUAUGUUUGAUACUCUUGGAUUCACUUGUAUGAUUUGGUGGUAUAUGAUGCUAUUUCAUCCCCUGCAUGCUGAUAUCCAAUGUAUGGAGUCAGACACACAGGAAUCACUGAUUACAAAUGUGAAUAUGGACUGGAGAAAAAUGGAACUGUCCUGGGAGAGCAGCAGGAAUUUCUCUGAGUACACAUGUACCAUCAUGGACAGGGAUGUGGAAUACACAGACACAGAGGUGGAUAGUCCACUGUGCAGCUUUCCAGUGGAAAUACACAUGCCUCUGCACAAAGGGGUAUUCUUUAUCAUUGAAGUGCCAAACACAAACAUCUCAAAACAUUGCACCUUUCUCCCUGGAGGCAUGAAUGGGUCAGCCAUUGAAAACUUCUCCUGUGUGAUUUAUAACAUUUUCCUCAUGAACUGCACUUGGCAGGCAGGAAGGGAAGCUCCAGCAGACACACAGUAUUUUCUCUACUGGCAGAAGUCAAGAGAUGAAGAGGAGAUGGAGUGUGAGCUUUACAUUAAAGAUGAAAACUGCAGAAAUGUGGGAUGUAUCUUCCAAAACGUGAGCAUAGGGACUGAAAAAGCUUAUUUCCUGGUGAAUGGGUCUAGCAAAGACUCCCUGAUUCAGUUCUAUGAUGAGUACAUUGACCUGUAUAAAAUUGAAAUACUCACUGCUCCAUUAAAUGUCACUGCCCAUUGUACCAAAGAUUCAGCAGGUUGUAUAAUUACAUGGCAUCCACCCCUUACAAGUCAUGUGGAGGAAGCAAAGUGUUUUCAGUAUGAAAUCAGCAUACAAAAUAAGGAUGAACCCAAAGAAGAGAAAAAGCUUCAUCGUGUAAGGAAUGACAGAUAUGAAUUCCAAAAUUACAAUGAGAAAAAAAGAUACACUCUGAAAAUCAGAGCACGUGGAAAACACUGUCUUGUAAGCUCAAAUUGGGGGGAAUGGAGUGAACCCAUUGAGUUUGGUCAAGGGAAAGAUUACUUUAUUUUUGUGAUUUUAUUUCUGAUUGCACUGGGAACAAUCUCAAUUACACUUCUUCUGUAUUGUCUUUUCAAAAGGUACUGCAGUUUCAAGAACAUAUUUCCUCCCAUACCACAACCAAGAGACAAAUUCAAUGCAUUAACUGAUGAUGUUAUCCAGACAGAAUACGUAAAUUUACCAACAAAAAGUCAUACUGAGGAAAUAACUACAAUGGAAGGAUGAUCCAGCUUUCCAAAAACACACCUGACUCCCCAACAUGAAAGAAAAUUAUGGAUCCUGCUGACAAGUACUUCAAACCAACCUAUAAAAUAUAAUCACCUGUAAAACUGUUUGUCCCCUCAAAUCCACUUAAAAUGGAUUUAUUUUAAAAAAAAGGAUAAAAAUCAGUGAAAUUCGUUCUUUUCCCUUUGUUCAAACCUGCAACGCCUGGCAACAAAGCUUUUCUGCAAGGACCUGCUUUGAAGAAGUGCUUAAACCUCGCUAAGAGGUUCUUCACAGUGUGAAACAAACCCUCUUAUCCAGAAUAAAGCUGUUACCUCUGGUCAUCAUUGCUAUGAAGCUUCUUUCCUCUCGUUAAUAGUGAUUUCCUGUAGGCUGACAGGCUUGCUGCAUAAUGCCACAGCAAUUUUACCGUAAUUUUUAUAUGCCUAGUUAUUUUCUAGAGCACAAACCAGCUUCUUAGUAUUUAAAUUUUCUCUUUGCUCUUCCAACCAGUACACCAAACUAUCCCAAUAAAUGCAACUAAUCUUAUGCAAGACAAAAGGGAAAAAUAAAAUCAUACUUGUUAAUUGCUAACUAUUAAUACUGGUCUGUCAGUCAGCCAUUUCAUGAGCUCAGUACUGCCACUGUAAAUAGACCUCUGCAACACUGUGAUCCUGUACAGUUUUAGUGUGUACUUAAUUCACACAAAUAGCAUCUAAAGUCUUCAAAACAAUAUAACAGUUGUGAGAAAUUAUAUAAAAUCUAGCAUUUAAUAGCUAGAUUUUAAAUGUACAAUUUCCUCAAAAAUGACUUUUUAGUUUCUCUCUUUCUCCCUUCAAAGGGUGCAAAUGUUUUUUCCAAUGCCUUUAAAAAUAAUAUAGGCUUUAGAUGCCAGUAUUUUCUUUUAAAAAUGCUGGAUAUUUUCCUGUUCAUAAUUUUCAAAAUUAAUGAAUUUCAGAGUGUUUCAAUAAGACAGAGAACAAAUGCAUUUUUUUUUAAAAGUCUUAUUUAUUGUUUGCCUCUUACAUCCCUAAACUGCAUUACACAUUGGAAAUUGCUGCUGCAUGACUAGGGGAAGCCAUAUAUUAAAAAAAAAAAUAAAUCU